AUGGACACGCACUCCUCGCAUCUCGCUGCAUCGAACCGUUCGCGGAGCUCUCAGUCCCCGUCGCCGUCGCACUCGGCCUCUGCCUCGGCCACCUCGUCCAUCCACAAACGCAAGCUCGCGUCCGAGGACCACGCGCCGCCGUUCCCUCCCUCUUCAUUCUCCGCGGACACGCGCGACGGCGCUUUGACCUCCAACGAUGACCUCGACAGCAUUUCUGCCCGAGGCGGCGGCGCCGAUUCCGACUCGGACGAUGAGUCCGACGCGCUGGUCGACGACGACGAGGAGGACUUCGACAACGACUCGUCCAUGCGCAACUUCACGGCGGCGCGUCUCGAUAACAGCGGCGCUUCUGCCGUGGUGCGCAACUCGAAGCUCAAAACGGAGAAUGCAACGGUCAAGAAUGAGAGUUCAGACGGCGCUAAAGACGGUGGUGGAACCGCCGGGAACGGUGCAGUGGGGCCCACCGUUGCCGGAGGCUCGGUGCCGGGGAUCAUGGUGAAGGAGGACGCCACUAAGAUCUUCACGGAGAAUAUACAGACCAGUGGGGCUUACAGUGCCAGAGAAGAGAGUUUGAAGAGAGAGGAGGAAGCGGGGAGGCUCAAGUUUGUGUGCCUUUCGAAUGACGGUAUUGAUGAGCAUAUGGUUUGGUUGGUAGGAUUGAAGAACAUAUUUGCCAGGCAGCUACCUAACAUGCCCAAGGAGUACAUUGUCCGACUUGUUAUGGAUAGAAGUCAUAAAUCGGUUAUGGUUAUCAGACGUAAUCAUGUUGUUGGUGGCAUAACAUAUCGACCGUAUGUCAGCCAAAGGUUUGGAGAGAUAGCUUUUUGUGCAAUCACAGCGGAUGAACAAGUAAAAGGUUAUGGCACAAGACUGAUGAAUCACUUAAAACAGUAUGCACGGGAUGUUGAUGGGCUAACCCAUUUCCUGACAUACGCUGACAAUAAUGCUGUUGGCUAUUUUAUUAAACAGGGUUUUACAAAAGAGAUUCACUUGGAGAAAGACCGAUGGCAUGGCUAUAUAAAAGAUUACGAUGGAGGAAUCCUAAUGGAAUGCAGAAUUGACCCAAAGCUACCAUACACCGACUUAUCAACUAUGAUUCGUCGUCAGAGGCAGGCGAUCGAUGAGAAGAUAAGAGAGCUCUCAAAUUGUCACAUUGUUUAUCCUGGCAUUGAUUUUCAAAAGAAAGAAGCUGGUGUUCCUAAAAAAAUCAUUAAGGUCGAGGACAUCCCUGGCUUGAGGGAGGCUGGGUGGACCCCUGAUCAAUGGGGCCAUUCGCGGUUUGGAGCUUUGUCUGCUUCCACAGACAGUGCCAGAAAGUAUUUGACUGGAUUCAUGCGAGGACUUCUAAAGUCUAUGCAUGACCAUGUUGAUGCCUGGCCAUUCAAGGAACCAGUUGAUGCACGUGAUGUUCCUGAUUAUUAUGACAUCAUCAAAGAUCCCAUGGAUCUGAAGACUAUGUCGAAGAGGGUAGAGUCGGAACAGUAUUACGUAACGUUUGAGAUGUUUGUUGCGGAUGCCAAGAGGAUGUUUGCAAAUGCACGCACUUACAACUCCCCCGAUACCAUUUACUAUAAAUGUGCAACCAGGCUGGAAGCCCAUUUUCAAAGCAAAGUUCAAUCAGGACUCCAAGCUGGUGCCAAAAUCCAGCAGUGA